GCCGCCCUCCGCGCUUUCUUCCUCCUCCGCCGCCGCCCAGGAAAGCAUGGACGAGGCGGGAGGAAGCGGUCCGACCGGGAGCCGCGGCGCGUCCCCGCCGGGCCGGGCCGAGGAGGCCCCGGGCCGCCUCCUCUUCCACGAGGAGACCAUCGACCUCGAGGAGGACGAGUCCGGGUCGGAGGGCGGCGAGGCGACGGCGGCGGCGGCCGGCUCGGACGGCCGGCUGAACGAGCACCUGAUGGAGAGCGUCCUCAUCUCCGACUCCCCGGACCAGAGCGAGGGGGAGGCGGACGGGCCCCGGGACCCGACGGCGGAGGAGGAGGAAGAGGAGGCCGGCGCCGUCGGCCUCCUCGGCGGCGAGGAGCCGCAGCUGGCGUUUCCCGACGGCUUUGAGCCCCAGAUGGUGAAGUCUCCCAGCUUCGGCGGCGAGGGCAGGGCCGCCGCCGUCCACCCCAGCCCCAGCCUCAGCAACUUCUUCGCCGACGCGGCGAGCGGCGGCGCCCUAGGCUCCGACUUCUUCGACUCGUUCACCACGUCGGCCUUCGUGCCGUCGGGCUCGUGCCCGUCUCCCGGGGCCGCCCCGGGCCCCGCGGGCGUCCCUCCGGCCGCGGCCCCCGCCCCGGAGCCCUUCUCCCGGAUCCGGGCGGCGUUCGCGGGCGGCGACGACCCCUUCGCCGCGGCCCUGAGCCUCAGCGAGGUGGCCCGGAGGAGCGACGCCUGGCUGCCCCGGGAGGAGACCCGGAAGGUGCUGGCGGCCCUGGCCGCGCAGCACGGCACCACCGUCUUCGUCGCCAAGGACAAGCUCACCAUGCCGGGCCUGAAGUUCGACAACAUCCAGGGGGAUGCGGUCAAAGACUUGAUGCUUCGUUUUUUGGGUGAAAAAGCGGCAAUGAAGAGACAGGUUUUGACCGCCAACUCGGUGGAACAGUCUUUCGUUGGGCUGAAGCAACUAAUCAGCAGCAAGAACUGGCGGGCGGCGGUGGAUCUCUGCGGGCGGCUCCUCACCGCCCACGGCCAAGGCUACGGCAAGACCGGGCUGCCCACCAGCCACACCGCCGACUCCUUGCAGCUCUGGUUUGUGCGGUUGGCACUCCUGGUGAAGCUGGCCCUUUUCCAAAAUGCGGACGCGGAGUUCGAGCCGUUCGGGAACCUGGACCAGCCCGACCUGUACUACGAGUACUACCCCCACGUCUAUCCGGGCCGCAGAGGCUCCAUGGUUCCUUUCUCAAUGAGGAUUUUACACGCUGAACUGCAGCAAUAUCUGGGAAACCCUCAGGAGUCACUGGAUCGACUGCACAGGAUGAAAACCAUCUGCAGCCAGAUACUGAACAAUCUGGAGCAAGGCUUUACCGAAGAUGGGAGCCUGAAUAACCUGACCCAGGAGAACAGGCAAGCCUCCGUUCAGCUGUGGAGGUCACGCCUGGCCCGGGUGAUGUACUCCGUGGCAAACUGUCUGCUCAUGAUGAAGGAUUACGUGCUGGCCGUGGACGCGUAUCAGUCAGUCAUUAAAUACCACCCGGAACAAGAGCCUCAGCUGUUGAGCGGCAUCGGAAGGAUUUUCCUGCAGAUUGGAGACAUAAAGACGGCCGAGAAGUACUUCCAGGAUGUUGAGAAAGUAACACAGAACUCGAAUGGAUUACAGAGCAGAAUAAUGGUUCUGAUGAACAGGGCGUUUCUGCAGCUGGGGCAGAAUAACUUCGGCGAGGCCCACAGGUUCUUCACAGAAAUCCUGAAGAUCCACCCAACAAACGCAGUGGCGCACAACAACGCGGCCGUGUGCCUGCUGUACCUGGGCAAGCUGAAGGAGUCCCUGCGCCAGCUGGAGGGGAUGGCGCGGCGGGAGGCCCGGCCCGACCUCCACGAGAGCGUCCUCUUCAACCUGACCACCAUGUACGAGCUGGAGUCCUCGCGCAGCGCGCAGAAGAAGCAGCUGCUCCUGCAGGCCGUGGCCGCCAACGAGGGCGACGGCUUCAACGCCCAGUGCCUCAAGCUGGGCUAAGGGGCCCGGCCCGCCAUCCCUCGAGCGCUUGGGAGCGUCCAGUACAACCCAGUCAGGAGUCAGGUGCCCUGCCCGUACGUGACGACCACGCGGAUACCGUGAUUAUCAUCAUCAUUAUUAUUACAGUCUCCCGUUGUGAUAAGCCGCUUAACGCAUUAGGAGCUGGGCUAGGGGCCCGGCCCGCCGUCCGUCGGCGGCGUCCAUCGAGCGCUUGGGAGCGUCCAGUACAACCCAGUCGGGACUCAGGUGCCCUGCCCGUACGUGACGACCACGCGGAUACCGUGAUUAUCAUCAUCAUUAUUAUUACAGUCUCCCGUUGUGAUAAGCCGCUUAACGCAUUAGGAGCUGGGCUAGGGGCCCGGCCCGCCGUCCGUCGGCGGCGUCCAUCGAGCGCUUGGGAGGGUCCAGUACAACCCAGUCGGGACUCAGGUGCCCUGCCCGUACGUGACGACCACGCGGAUACCGUGAUUAUCAUCAUUAUUAUUACAGCCUCCCGUUGUGAAAGCCUGUUAACGCAUUAGGAGCUGGGCUAGGGGCCCGGCCCGCCGUCCGUCGGCGGCGUCCAUCGAGCGCUUGGGAGCGUCCAGUACAACCCAGUUGGGAGUCAGGUGCCCUGCCCGUACGUGACGACCACACGGAUACCGUGAUUAUCAUCAUUAUUAUUACAGCCUCCCGUUGUGAAAGCCUGUUAACACAUUAGGAGGCUGUUUUCCCCAGCUGGGGCCAGUCGCUUCCCUUCUCUGAGCCUCAGUUCCCUCCUCUGCAAAACGGGGAUGAUAAUGAUAACG